CGCGGGGGUCGGAGAACCGGGUCUCCCCUUCUCGGGACGCCGGGAGGCGGCCGCCAGAGGAGGGGCCGGGCGGCGCAUGCGCGGGACCCGGGGGCGCGGGCCGAGAGCGCCGGGUCUGGUGCUGGGGAUCCCCGGGCCCAGGGGGCCGCCCCCUGCUCGGCCUCGCUCCGAGCGACCGGGGCCUCGGAGACGCUGGGUCGGCAGGCUGCAGGGAAGGGCCCGGCCUCCGCGAGGAACCCCUGGUGCCGAGACCAGCUCGGAAGUCAGACGUUGCCGGCACAGGCUGGGCCUCAGCUACAUUUCCAGAACCUCUCGUCAAGAUGGUAGACACAGAAACCCUGAUUUGCCCCCUCUCCCCACUCGAGGCUGACGAUCUGGAAAGCCCAUUAUCUGAAGAAUUUCUACAAGAAAUGGGAAACAUCCAAGAGAUUUCUCAGUCCAUCGGCGAGGACAGUUCUGGAAGCUUCAGUUUCGCGGAAUACCAGUAUUUAGGAAGUGGCCCGGGAUCAGACGGGUCUGUUAUUACGGACACCCUCUCACCAGCUUCAAGCCCCUCAUCGGUCACGUACCCAGUGGCGGCCGGUAGUGCUGAUGAACCUUCCAGCAUAGCCUUGAACAUUGAAUGUAGGAUAUGUGGGGACAAAGCUUCAGGCUACCAUUACGGAGUUCACGCGUGUGAAGGCUGUAAGGGUUUCUUCCGGCGAACCAUUCGGCUGAAGCUGGCCUAUGACAGAUGUGACCGCAGCUGCAAGAUUCAGAAAAAGAACCGGAAUAAGUGCCAAUACUGUCGUUUCCACAAGUGCCUUUCAGUCGGGAUGUCCCAUAACGCAAUUCGCUUUGGACGAAUGCCAAGAUCUGAAAAAGCAAAACUGAAAGCGGAAAUUCUCACCUGCGAACAUGACCCAGAAGAUGCAGAAACAGCAGAUCUGAAGUCCCUCGCCAAGAGAAUUUAUGAGGCCUACCUCAAGAACUUCAACAUGAACAAGGUCAAGGCCCGGGUCAUCCUGGCAGGGAAGGCCAGCAACAACCCGCCCUUUGUCAUACACGACAUGGAGACAUUGUGUAUGGCCGAGAAGACUCUGGUGGCCAAGUUGGUGGCCAACGGCAUCCAGAACAAGGAGGCGGAAGUCCGCAUCUUCCACUGCUGCCAGUGCACGUCUGUGGAGACCGUCACCGAGCUCACCGAGUUUGCCAAGUCCAUCCCAGGCUUUGCCAACUUGGACUUAAACGAUCAGGUCACUUUGCUGAAAUAUGGAGUUUAUGAGGCCAUAUUUGCCAUGCUGUCUUCUGUGAUGAAUAAAGAUGGGAUGCUGGUAGCAUAUGGAAAUGGUUUUAUAACACGUGAAUUCCUGAAGAGCCUAAGGAAACCGUUUUGUGAUAUCAUGGAACCUAAGUUUGAUUUUGCAAUGAAGUUCAACGCACUGGAGCUGGAUGACAGUGAUAUCUCCCUUUUUGUGGCUGCUAUAAUUUGCUGUGGAGAUCGUCCCGGCCUUCUAAACGUGGGGCACAUUGAAAAAAUGCAGGAGGGCAUUGUGCACGUGCUCAAACUUCACUUGCAGACCAACCACCCGGACAACAUCUUUCUCUUCCCAAAACUCCUUCAGAAAAUGGCAGACCUCCGGCAACUCGUCACUGAGCACGCGCAGCUCGUGCAGGUCAUCAAAAAGACCGAGUCUGACGCCGCCCUGCACCCACUGCUGCAAGAAAUCUACAGGGACAUGUACUGAUGGAUUGAAGGUAAAACACCCAGGCCACGUGCCAAGGACUUCUAAAGUCAACAGCACUACAGAUGGGAAACGGGAGCAACAUCCGAUUUGCACAAAUUCCACCAUUUUCACCUUAGAGAAUGGGACGGAUGAGCCUUAGGUAACCGGAACCCUAGACCACAUUUCUUUCUUUUUCACACCAGUACUUCUGAAAGUGUGCAAAGUAUUAAAAUGGUGGGGACAGGUAGCUAUAAGCAGUUCUUAGAAAAUUAAGGGGAAUAAUGCCCAGUGGUUUGAUUUUAACUCACCUGAUGUUAAUCAAUGCAGAUUUCUUGAUAUCACGUGAAUGACGUAGCGCUGAAUUAACUGGUGAUCUCGAAAUAUGUGGUCUGUCUUCUCCUUUUGCCACCUUUGGCUGUUGUGCUCCCUUAUCAUUUUUAAACUAAUCAGCACUUUUUAACUUUUAUAAUCCUAUAAAUCUAGAUGAAUCCAAAGGUUAAGUAUUUUUUUUUUAAAAAGCAGCAAAAUAUUUAUUGGAAAGGCCUUAAUUCUGCUUCCUGAAUUUGAAGACAGACAACAUGCUGUUUCUUAAUCAUAGGAUUUAAAAUUUCAAAGGAUCAUUUGAUAAGCUAUCCAAACACUGCAGUCAGUUGGUUUUCACUGUGUUCAUGGUUGUGACUUAGGUGGAAGGGCCUGUUUGCAGGUGUAUGUAGACGAUCCCAGAAAGCCGCAUCUCGAGACUCCCCCUGGAAUCGAUUCUCUGCCUGCUUUGAGCUGGCGUCGGGGCAGCAGGAGCAAGACAAGGAAGUGUGUCAGCUCUCCGUCCCUCUGACCUGUUCCCUAUCAAAUGGGAACCAACCGAGUCAGGUUGUUUGGGGGCCAUGAUAGCAUUUUGGGGGGCAAACUGACAACUUGCUUGUCAGUGUUCCUCUGGGCCCCGUGUGUCAAGGCAGCUCCUUGGUCUUUUCACGUGUUGCUUUCUAAAGUACGCAGCUUUAUUUUUUUUAACUCUUGGUGGCGGUAGCUGCACCCAAGCGUAGAAGGUGAGGCAAACAGGACUUUAGAGCAUGGGCCCUGGGGGAACCAUGUGGAGAAUGAGGGGGGCAAACACAGCGUCCUUCAUGGGGCAGUUUUCCGAUUACAUAUGGAAGGCAGCUUUCCUAACAUCUGAAAUACUUGUUUCAGCCUAAACCCCGGUAUGGUUAUGAAAGCAAUGUUCUUCGUGGUUCUCGUCCAGAGCAUAUGGAUCUAGAAAGACUCUCUCUUUUUGUCCACCAUAGUACAUAAAUGUUCUGUGAGGGGAUCUGCAGCUGCCCUGCCCUCCAGGCCAGCCAGGCCUGAGUCUGCCAGAGCUUGAAGUGGAAGCCGGAGAGGAGGGGUGCGGGGGACCCCCCUGGCCACCUGCCUCUGACCCCCUGCCUCCUGGCAGCUCUUAGGACCUGGUUGUGCCCUUGGCGCCCCUCCCCCUCCAUCUCUAGAAAACUUAUCUCUGUAAGGUCACUCUACUACUUGCUGUCGAGGAAUGAUUAGGAUUGAGAUUGAUCAAGAUCCCGAGGUCAGCAUCCUGGAAAUGCGAGAGGAGCGAGAAUGUAAAACUGUGAGGUUUCAACUAGAAAAGGCAAAUGUGACAACAGGCACAUCCUUCUCAAAAUUAAACCUUAGUGGUAGUUUUCAUCUUUAUUUUGCUGAGAGGCCCACUCAGAGGAUCCGUUGGAAGCAAAUAGAAGUAUUUCCACGUAUACAUGACACCCGUCAAGAGGUCACCCAAAGUCAGAGGGCAGGGCUGUGCGGGCGUUCCUCCUUAAGACAAGGCCCCCUGGGCCGUUGCCGCAUCUGUGUCGCCUCCUUUGUCCACUGGCCUUUCUUCUCACAUGCCCCACGUGGAGGCCAUUCAUAGACAUGGCCUCAGAAAGGGGCCCUCGAGAUUCAGGCUUUCACGAAAGUCACUCACUCGUGGUUCUGUUUUCAUAAAACUUACUUUUAAAAAAGCUGCUUAUUUCGUGCAUUCUGCCACCGAAGGCAUGGGUUCUGCGUUCCUAGUGUCAGCAUUUGGCUCUCUUGGGGCCCAGCUAGACACCCAGAGACACUCCCGGUGAGGCCACAAAGGAGGCUGCAGAGACUGCGGCUCGAAAGUCACUUAAAUUUGUUCACUGGUACAGAUAGGAAGAAAAUCACAGAUUCCUCUUCAUUUUAAGUAACAGUCACAGAUUGCCAUGCAGAAUGUUCAGGCCACCUAAUCAAAGAUGUCUCAGACCAGACUUGUCAGAUAUGGACAGAUUAUUCACCAAUUCAAAAUACUGUCGCAUUUCCAGUAGGGGCUCGUUAAAGCACAUUUAUUGCCUGCUGGGUUUCAUCAGACGUCAGCAUGAAGUGGGAUAGAUCUGACAGAACAGGUUUGAGAAGCCUCAGACCAGGGCACGGAGCCCCUCCUCUGCUGGGGAACUCGGCACACGAUGCAGCUCCCCAUGCCACCACCUUGACACCCUUAGACAAGUCACUGUCUGUAGCCACAAGUGCCAAAUGCCUCAGAAACCACAAAAUUACCAACACCCUUUGUCUGUAGGCCUGACAAGGACAAUUCCUGAACCCAGCAGCCAGCUCCAGCUUGGGAGCCGGCCUGGCCCUCUCUCCCUAGUCCCACAGUGUCCCUCCCCUUCGUCCUCCUGGGCACUCCCAGCUGGGUGUCCCACACACAGAAUCCUGCCCCUGCCAUGCUGAGGGCUGUGCACGCCAGUGGCCGUUUGGGGGAAGCCCAGCAUCUUCCAAAAUCAGGAUGCAAGCGAAUGUACCAGCACGAGCAGGAGGCAGGGACAGUUUGGGAAUCUUCAGAGUACCAGUGAGCUGCUGCUUUCUUCCCACAUUGCUCUCGAGUUUCCCUGUGGCCUUGUAACUCUCAGAUGAGAUGCACUCCAGGCAUCUCCCUGAACAGCAGGUGUACGUAUAUCAAAAAGAAUGUGAAGUCCAAGAGAAGAAACUUGGUGCACAGUGCAUUCAGGAAUGCCUGCAAGAGCUAUUUUAAAGAGACUCUUCAUUUUAAGAACAAGAAUAUAUCUUUCUGCAUUUUGGAUGCGUUUCUUAUACCAGGCCAGCUGAAACUCUAAGGAAACAAACAGCCUCAAGGAUCGUGUGGGGCUACCAGAGACAGGGCAGCAUCCUAAGAUCUGGGCAGAAGCUCAAGCAAGGCACAAGUAGAAUCCUUUGUUUAAUGUGUGAUGAUAAGUAAACUAUUAAUUUAGCAACUACUGUUUCCCCAAAUCUAUAGCAUAACAGCUACCUCAAUAUAGUAUAUCUAAAGGCACAGUUAAAAUUAAGGUACAUGAAACACUCGGGGUCCUUCUGCAGCACCUAUAGUCAGAUCAUUUAUGAGUAAGAUUCCGAAGUUACUCACCUUUGCUUGAUUGCACUGAGAGGUGGAAGGUCAUGUGACUCCUUAAAGGCACUUUGAUGGUUUAAAGAGUGCCUCUAAGAUACACACGUGCAGAAGCUGCUGCCCCAGUUUGGUGGCCCUGAGGUGGAGCAUGACCUGGGUCAAGAAGUGGGAACAGUCACUGGCCACAGUGACCCGCCCUGCUCCUCAGUUGUAGGUGCUGGCCGCGGCAGCCGGCUCAGGGAAAGACCCUGCCGGAUGAGGCUGGAAGCAGAUGCCUCUGGGCCGACUUAACUGGGAGUGACUGUCCAAGGUGCACCUGGGCCUCUGUGCUGCUCUGGGCACUUCCUGCCUCCUCCUCGCUUCUUCAAACCACCAAACACCUUAGAUACCUUAGAUACCUAGCCGCUGCAUACUGAUGGUUGUGGGGUUUUUUUUUUGUUUUUUUGUUUUUUUUUUGUCUCUACCCAGUGGCCACACCCGUCUCCGGAAUGUCU